CUGUUUUCAGGAUAUAAGAGAUAAGUCAUUGCUGAUGGCUUCAAAAGGCAGGCACGGAAGAGGGUUUGUACUUUAAAACAGAUAUGACCACAGUGAAAUUCAAAUAAGUGUGGAAAUGCUUUACGAUUUUGCACUGACGGAAGGCAAUAUGGCCACUGCCUUGUGCCCCAAGGGCUACUUUCCGUGUGGGAAUCUCACCAAGUGCUUGCCCCGCGCUUUUCACUGUGAUGGUGUGGAUGACUGUGGCAACGGGGCCGACGAGCGCAACUGUGGUGACACUAGUGGAUGGGCGACCAUAUUUGGCACAGUCCAUGGAAAUGUUAAUAAUGUGACACUCACACAGGAGUGCUUUCUCGACCAGUACCCCCAACACUGUUACUGCAAAGAAACCGAACUGGAAUGUAUAAAGGCUGACUUGAGAUCUGUGCCAGAGAUUUCCAGCAAUGUGACAUUACUGUCUCUUAAAAAAAACAAAAUCCACAGUCUUCCCGAUAGAGUUUUCAUCAAGUACACAGAACUUACAAAGAUGUAUCUUCAACAUAAUUACAUUAGACACAUUUCCAAGAAAGCAUUUUGGGGAUUAUAUAAUCUACAAGUGCUGUACCUCAACCACAACUGCAUUACCACUCUCAGACCUGGAACAUUCAAAGACUUACACCAGCUCACUUGGCUAAUUUUAGAUGACAAUCCAAUAACUCAAAUUUCACAGAGGUUGUUUACUGGAUUAAAUUCCUUAUUUUUCUUGUCCAUGGUUAAUAAUCAUCUAGAAGCCCUUCCAGAACGGCUAUGCACCCAAAUGCCUCAACUCAACUGGAUGGAUCUGGAAGGCAAUCGAAUACAGUAUCUUUCGAAUUCCACAUUUCUGUCCUGUGAUGCGCUAACCGUGCUGUUUCUGCCUAGAAAUCAAAUUGACUAUGUUCCAGACAAGACAUUUUCUUCAUUAAAAAAUUUAGGAGAACUGGAUCUGUCCAGCAAUCUGAUCCCGGAACUACCAGUCCAUCUUUUCAAAGACCUGCAGUUUCUACAAAAACUGAACCUGUCAUCCAAUCCUCUUUUGUACCUCCACAAGAACCAGUUUGGAAGUCUUAAACGACUUCAGUCUCUAGACCUGGAAAGGAUAGAGAUUCCAAACAUAAACACAGCAAUGUUUCGGCCCAUGAAGAAUCUUUCUCACAUUUAUUUCAAAAACUUUCGCUACUGCUCCUAUGCACCUCAUGUCCGAGUAUGUAUGCCCUCGACUGAUGGUAUUUCUUCAUUUGAGGACCUCCUGGCUAACAAUAUCCUCAGAAUAUUUGUCUGGGUUAUAGCUUUCAUUACCUGCUUUGGAAAUCUUUUUGUCAUUGGCAUGAGAUCAUUCAUUAAGGCUGAAAACACAACUCACGCUAUGUCCAUCAAAAUCCUCUGUUGUGCUGACUGCCUGAUGGGAGUGUACCUGUUCUCCAUUGGCUUUUUCGACAUAAAAUACCGAGGGCAGUAUCAGAAAUAUGCACUGCUGUGGAUGGAGAGCAUACCGUGCCACCUCAUGGGCUUCCUGGCCACGCUGUCCACUGAAGUCUCCGUCCUCCUGCUGACCUUCCUGACGCUGGAGAAGUUCCUGGCCAUUGUCUUCCCCUUCAGCAACGUGCGCCCGGGCAAGCGCCAGACCGCCUGCAUCCUGGCCUGCAUCUGGCUGGCAGGAUUUCUAAUCGCUGUCCUUCCUUUCACCAACGCUGACUAUUUUGGCAACUUUUAUGGGGAAAAUGGAGUAUGCUUCCCACUUCAUUACGACCAAACGGAAGAUAUCGGGAGCAAAGGGUAUUCUCUUGGAAUUUUCCUAGGUGUGAACUUGCUGGCUUUCCUCAUCAUUGUGUCUUCCUACAUUGCUAUGUUCUGCUCCAUUCACAAAACGGCCUUGCAGACUGCAGAAGUGAGGAAUCACAUGGGGAAGGAGGUGGCUGUUGCAAAUCGCUUCUUUUUUAUAGUGUUCUCUGAUGCCAUCUGCUGGAUUCCUGUAUUUGUCGUUAAAAUCCUUUCCCUCCUCCAAGUGGAAAUUCCAGGCACGAUCACUUCCUGGAUAGUGAUUUUUUUCCUGCCCGUGAACAGCGCCUUGAACCCAAUCCUCUACACUCUUACCACCACCUUCUUCAAGGACAAAUUAAAGCAACUGCUGCGCAAGCAUCGGAGGAAAUCAAUUUUUAAAAUUAAAAAGAAAAGUCUAUCCACUUCCAUUGUGUGGACAGAUGACUCCUCUUCCUUUAAACUUGGAGUUUUGAACAAAAUAACCCUUGGGGACAGUAUAAUGAAGCCAGGUUCCUCUUAA